AGGCUGCGGUGGCAGCGGGGACGGGGUUGCUGCCCGCCGCGUAAGAGGUGGCCCCAGCCUCAACGCCCGGAGCAAGACGCCCACCGCCUGGUCGCGCUUCGCCGGAAGGGAAGACGGAAAAGCCGCGCGCUCACCAGCAGAUUGAAAAGAAAUGCUGAGAAAUACAUAAAGUUUUCCUCUUCUGCUUUGGAUAUUUAUAAUGGGUAUCGGGAAGUCUAAAAUAGAUUCCUGCCCUCUUUCUCUCUCUUGGGGUAAAAGGCACAGUGUGGAUACAAGUCCAGGAUACCAAGAGUCAGAUUCCAAGAAGUCUAAAGAUCUGUCCUUGUGUGAUGUUGCUGAGCACAACAAUUCAACAGAGGGGCCAACAGGAAAGCAGGAGGGACCUCAGAGCAUGGAAGAGAUGCUUGAAGAAGCUGAAGAAGAGGUGUUCCUCAAAUUUGUGAUAUUGCAUGCAGAAGAUGACACAGAUGAAGCCCUCAGAGUCCAGAAUCUGCUACAAGAUGACUUUGGUAUCAAACCUGGAAUAAUCUUCGCUGAGAUGCCAUGUGGCAGACAACAUUUACAGAAUUUAGAUGAUGCUGUAAAUGGAUCUGCAUGGACAAUCUUAUUACUGACUGAAAAUUUUUUAAGAGAUACGUGGUGUAAUUUCCAGUUCUAUACAUCCUUAAUGAACUCUGUUAACAGGCAGCACAAAUACAACUCUGUUAUACCCAUGCGGCCUCUGAACAACCCCCUCCCCCGAGAAAGGACUCCGUUUGCUCUCCAAACCAUCAAUGCCUUAGAGGAAGAAAGUCGUGGCUUUCCUACACAAGUAGAAAGAAUUUUUCAGGAGUCUGUGUAUAAGACACAACAAACUAUAUGGAAAGAGACAAGAAAUAUGGUACAAAGACAAUUUAUUGCCUGAGAUGAAACAUAAAACACAUGGCUGGCUCCUGUUUUGUAAACUAAAUGAUUAAUCUUCACUUGAGAAAGCAGUUUCUAGGAAAUGUUUAAAUAAAAGAGAGUCUUAUCCUCACAGAAACCUAUGGAGCACAAGAAAGAUAAAUUUCUGCAGGACAAUCUAUAAAAUUGUGGUACUUUUUGAUGAAUCAGUAAACAUUACAUUGUCAGAGUUUCAAGAAUUUUUCUUUCACAGUUUUCCUGGUUCAUGGAUAUGAAAAAGGAAUUCUCAAUCCAUAUUCCUCAUAUUGAACCUUGAACAAAAACUUGUAUGACAGACAUUUUAAAACAUGUGGUAACACUUUUAUUCUCUGAAUUUUGAUCUCAAAGGACACAGACAAAAAUGGCCCCAGGAGAUUUGACCAUACUUCCUCUUGAGGCACCUCUCAUGGAUGUUGCAAUAAGCAUUCGGAUGCUAUCACCUAGAAAUAUGAAUUGCCAGAAUAGAACAUUUAGCAUGUUGAGUGUUGAUGCAUAUGAAAUCAGAAACAGAUGUGAGAAUGGUGGAACUUUUUUAAAAAAACUCAGUCAAAUGUAUUUUCUGCUGAAAUCUGCAUAUUCGGAGACAUUUCCCACCACCAAUUCACAGCUCAUUUGAUAGUGUGGUAGUUAGGGACUUCAUGGAGUGGUGUUCAGACGUCCCCUGGGGCUUGACGCUCUUCAUAUUAGUCAUCAUGUGUAACUAGGGCUUUAUUUGCAGAGUUUCUAAAAGGUGUAUGACUGUAUGAGUGGCCAGAUGUUCACUUUUAAAAUCAAUAACCACGCUUAUGGAAGCUUUAAACAAGUUUCCCUCACACACAAUUCUCCACUCAGGAAGUAUUUCUCAUUUAGAUCUUCAGAGUAGCCUGACUGUGUGCAUGUGUGUGUGCAAUGGGUUAUUUGUAAAAACUUGGCAAAGAAGGAGAUGUAUUUUAUUACCUCCUGCUCUAGAGCCCCAUGCUCCUAACAAGCCAGAGGCCCCAAACAGGUUUGUUUCUUUCCUCCACAGCCCUUCUGCCCAUCUGCCCAUCAGAGAUUGACGGAGCAUAGUCCACUUCAGAUCAGGAAUGGGGUGGAGAACAGGUCGUGUCAUGUAAUGAGAAAAGCACUCUUUGGGGUCAUGAGACCCGGUUCUAGUCCAGUCUCUGCCACUGAGGAUGAAUGUGACUGUGGACAAACUAUUUACCCUUCUUUAUCUGUGAAAUGAAAGGACUGAAUUGAUGGAUCUCUGAAGGCCUUUGUCCUCUGUGAGGAUGGGAAAAACUAGAGACCACAAAAGGGAACAAGCAAAAAAGUUAGGAUUUGAUAGUGUGAUAUAUAAUAGUUGCAGAAGGCUUUACAUAUGCUUAUAAUGAAAAGAUCUUUGUAUAUUGACAGCAUAAUUGAUUUUUAAUGCUGUUAUUACACUUUUAAAGUCACAGGAAAAAAUAUACAUGCUUCCUCAGGUUUUCUUAAAAAUACCUUUUUAUAGAGAUCCUUGAGUAAAGAUAUUUUGCUUAAUUUUUUUCUUCUUAUCCCCACUUCUGUAUCCCCUACCAGUACUGGGAUCUGCACACAUCUUUUUGCAGUUCACCUCUUCAUAUCCAUGAACCAAAAUGUUCUAUGAGGAACAUGCAAGUAAGUCAAAGCUCCUGUUCCAUUAGUACUUAUUAGAGGAGGAGAUUGUUUUCAUUGCAUAGUGACAUUUUCUUUGCCUUAACAUUCUGAUACUACUCCCUUUUUCAGUUUUCAUAGUAAGUAUUCAUUUUUCUGCAAUAAUGCUUCCUGUAAAUCCAAUUUUAUAUACUAAUAAAACAUGAAGUGCCCAACCUUCUUGCCUGCUAAACUUGAGGCAAUUGAUGCUAAAUGGUAUUUUUAAAAUAAAUGUUUUUAUUCUUUA